UUUGUGCUCAGUAUUGUCACAAUGUUGCACAAAUUAUUAUUUCUUGUCGCAAUAAUUUUUGUUUUGUGUGAAAAAUCAAAUACUGAAACUACUACUGAAAAACUCAACGACACAGAUGCAGCACCACAAGACUUAUAUGUCAUAAAAACCGUCGUUUAUGAAGUUGGGAUUCUCACAGAUGCUGGAAACGACACAGAUUCGAACAACACUCAUGACCAAGUCGAUGUUUCCUUCUUUGACCCGUCGCAAAAUGGCAGUAUUGACCUCUCAAACAUCCCUUUACCRAUUCAGACGAAUGUGAGUGGAGUCUCCGUCACAGGGCUGCUUCCUGGUYCGAAUUUGGCCUCAAUUUUGAUUCCCCCAAGUGAUGGGUUACCGGUUUUGCCCAAAAAACAAGUCACUGUCACGCAGAAUAUCAGUACGAAUAAUCCCGAUAAAGGGUCGGAGAUUAUUUCGAAUUUGCCCAAACUUUUGGGUUUGACGAAGAAAAAUGACACGGAGACGAGCAAUGCAAAGGGGGAUUAGGGAAUUGUGUGAUUUGAGAAUUGUAUUUAUUUAUUAUUAAAAUUAUUCUAUCAAAUUUGGUCCAUUUUUAGCUUCAAAAAUCGUUUAUUGAUCCUCAUUUAUCACUACAUUUUUUUAAUAAUUUGGAAUUAAGUUAGCAACAUCAAGUACUAGAGUACUGUCACGUCUCUUAUGCAAUGUUACCAACUUAAUUUCAUAGUCAUAGGCCACUGUCCCUAAAACUUUUACCACACCACAUUUGUCCAAAUUUGAUUAAAAAUUUACAAUUCUUAUAUGGAAUUUCUUAUGUUUUGUCUUUUUUUUUCUCAAAUUUAUUCUGUUGUAACUUUUUUAGUACUAUAUUAAUCACAAAAUGAUUAAAUUUUGUGUAUUUUUCAUUUGUUUCCAUCUAUUAAUUCGUUUUCAUUUAUUCUAUUGUUAUUGUUUUUUUGUAUCUCAUUAAUUGUACAGGUUUUUCCAAUAAAUGUAAUAAAAUACGAUUUUUAAGAAUUUA